AUGGCGUUCAGCCCUUGGCAGAUUCUGUCCCCGGUGCAGUGGGCGAAAUGGACUUGGUCUGCGGUGCGAGGCGGGGGCGCCGGAGAGGACGAGGCCGGAGGGCCCGAGGGGGACCCGGAGGAGGAGGACUCGCAAGCUGAGACCAAAUCCUUGAGUUUCAGCUCGGAUUCUGAAGGUAAUUUUGAGACCCCUGAAGCUGAAACACCAAUCAGAUCACCUCUCAAGGGAGCCUGUGAUUCAUCACUAAGAGUGACAGGGCCUGGGACCAAAGCCCAAGAUUCACAAGAAGAAGAUGAACAGCUGGUAGCAGAAGUGGUUGAAAAAUGUUCAUCAGAGACUUGUUCCAGACCCUCAGAAAAUGAGGUACCACAGCAGGCCAUCGCUUCUCACUCAGUCAAGGAUUUCAAAGAAGAACCUGAGUAUGAUGUUAGCAAAGUGUCCAUAGUGAGGCCAUUUUCAAUAGAAACAAAGAAUUCCACAGAUGUCCCAACAGCUUUUGGAAUGAAAACAUCUCAUGGCUUUGUAACCCCAGGCUCUGGAGAGGCUCUCCUCUCUAGUACACCAGAACCCAACCUGCACAAGGCAAUGACUGAAGCCGACAUGGGGAUUGCACUGGAGGCUUCCACAGAAGCCCAUGCAAAGACAGGGAAGCCCUGUGCAGAGUCGGUGCCCAGCAGGAGCAAGCUAAGAAAGCCCAAGCCGGUCUCUCUGAGGAAGAAAGCUGUUAGUGGAGACUUCUCAGAAACAGAACCUGUGGUGGAGGGCUACCCCCUGUCUCGAGCCUCCUAUCAGGUCCAGCAUGAUGAAUUGGAUGAGAACGCAGAUUCCUUGACUGGAAGUGCCAGGAUGCAGAAGUCUCCCACUGAAGUUAAAGACACCUCAAGCACUCCCAGCAGUGACACCAAUGAUUCGGGGGUUGAGCUGCUUGAAGAGUCAAGGAGCUCACCUCUCAAACUUCAGUUUGAUUUCUCAGAAGACAUGGAAAAUGUUGAGACCAAGAAAGCCCUUCCCAGGAAACUUGGCAAAAAACUGGGUAACAAACUGACUCCCAAGACACAAAAAGAUGACAUCAGUAAACCUGUAGAGGCCAAAGGUGUGGAACCAACUGUGGACGCCAAAGCAGAAGAUACUCCUGUCUCCUACGCGUCUUCGAAGCUGGAUCCUAAUCAGUGGGAGAACCCCAACUUUAAUCCCUUUGGGGGCCACUCCUCUCUACAGAACUCCCCACCCCUCUCCUCUCAGGGCUCCUAUCGCUUUGACCCAGUUAACUUUGAUGAAUCCAUGGAUCCCUUUAAAUCAACCACAGCUUUAACCGGCAGCGACUUCUUGUCUACCACUGGUAAUCAUGUUAAUGAAAUCUUAGAGUCACCCAAGAAGGCAAAGUCCCGUUUAAUAACGAGCGGCUGUAAGGUGAAGAAAUAUGAAACUCAAUCUCUUGCCUUGGAUGCAUGUUCUCAGGAUGAAGGAGCAGUGAUUCCCGAGCUUUCUGACAUUUCCAAUAGGGAUGGCCGUGCUACUGAUGAAGAGAAGCUGGCGUCCACGUCUUCUAGUCAGAAGCCAGCAGGGCCCGAGGUGAAAGGUGAGCCAGAGGACGACCUGGAGUACUUUGAAUGUCCCAGUGUUCCCGUGUCUACCAUAAAUCAUGCGUUUUCAUCCUCAGAAGCAGGUAUAGAGAAAGAGACGUGUCAGAAGAUGGAAAAAGAUGAACCUGCUGUGCCUGGCCUGCUGGAGUCCACUGAGGAGAAGGCCCCUGUGUCUGUCGCCUGUGGAGGUGAGAGUCCACUGGACAGCAUCUGCCUCAGUGAGUCAGAUAAGGCUGCCGUGCUCACCUUGAUAAGGGAAGAGAUUAUCACAAAAGAAAUUGAAGCAAAUGAAUGGAAGAAGAAAUAUGAAGAGACCCGACAAGAAGUCCUAGAGAUGAGGAAAAUAGUGGCUGAAUAUGAAAAGACCAUUGCCCAAAUGAUUGAAGACGAACAAAGGACAAAUAUGACCUCUCAGAAGAGCUUCCAGCAGCUGACCAUGGAAAAGGAGCAGGCCCUGGCAGAUCUGAACUCGGUGGAAAGGUCCCUUUCUGAUCUCUUCAGGAGAUAUGAGAACCUUAAAGGAGUCCUGGAAGGCUUUAAGAAGAAUGAAGAAGCCUUGAAAAAAUGUGCUCAGGACUACUUAGCCAGAGUUAAACAAGAGGAACAGCGAUAUCAGGCCCUGAAGAUCCACGCAGAGGAGAAACUAGACAAAGCCAAUGAGGAAAUUGCUCAGGUCCGAACAAAAGCAAAGGCUGAGAGUGCCGCUCUCCAUGCUGGACUCCGGAAAGAGCAGAUGAAGGUGGAGUCCCUGGAAAGGACCCUUCAGCAGAAGAACCAAGAGAUCGAAGAGUUGACAAAAAUCUGUGAUGAGCUGAUUGCAAAGCUGGGAAAGACUGACUGA